GCCCCCUCCCCCGGCGCCGGCCAAGUGAGGCGGUGAUGCGGGCGCUGGCGGCCUGGGCCGAGCCGAGAGCGGAGGAGACGCAGGCUCAAGAUGGCAGAUUCCCACUGAGGCCGAGGGGGCCGAGCUCGCGCGCCGCCUUCCCUUCUCCGUUGCCAUGAGCCGCGGACACCCCGGCCCCGAUGGCCCCCGUGUACGAAGGUAUGGCCUCACAUGUGCGAGCUCUCUCCCCUCACACCCUUCAAUCAAGUGCCUUCUGUAGUGUGAAGAAACUUAAAGUAGAGCCAAGUUCCAGCUGGGACAUGACUGGGUACGGCUCCCACAGCAAAGUGUAUAGCCAGAGCAAGGACAUACCGCCUUCUCAGCCAGCCUCCACAGCCGCCAGCACCUCCUUGCCGAUCCCAAACCCAAGCCUACCUUACGAGCAGACCAUCAUCUUCCCAGGAAGUACUGGACACAUAGUUGUAACAUCAGCAAGUAGCACUUCUGUCACCGGGCAAGUCCUCGGCGGACCACAUAACCUAAUGCGGCGAAGCACUGUGAGCCUCCUUGACACCUACCAAAAAUGUGGACUCAAGCGGAAGAGCGAGGAGAUUGAGAACACGAGCAGCGUGCAGAUCAUUGAAGAGCAUCCACCCAUGAUUCCGAAUAAUGCCAGCGGGGCCACUGUGGCUACUGCCACCACGUCCACUGCCACCUCCAAAAACAGUGGCUCCAACAGUGAAGGCGACUACCAGCUGGUGCAGCACGAAGUGCUCUGCUCCAUGACCAACACCUAUGAGGUGUUAGAGUUUCUGGGCAGAGGGACAUUCGGGCAAGUGGUCAAGUGCUGGAAACGGGGUACCAAUGAGAUUGUGGCCAUUAAGAUCCUGAAGAACCACCCUUCCUAUGCCCGGCAAGGCCAGAUUGAAGUGAGCAUCCUAGCCCGGCUGAGCACGGAGAGCGCUGACGACUACAACUUUGUUCGGGCCUACGAGUGCUUCCAGCACAAGAACCACACGUGCUUAGUCUUUGAGAUGUUGGAGCAGAACCUCUAUGACUUUCUGAAGCAGAACAAGUUUAGCCCCUUGCCCCUCAAGUACAUCCGCCCAGUCCUCCAGCAGGUGGCUACAGCUCUGAUGAAACUCAAAAGCCUGGGCCUUAUCCAUGCUGACCUCAAACCAGAGAACAUCAUGCUGGUAGAUCCAUCCAGACAGCCAUACCGAGUGAAGGUCAUCGACUUCGGGUCAGCCAGUCACGUGUCCAAAGCCGUCUGCUCUACCUACUUGCAAUCCAGAUACUACAGGGCCCCUGAGAUCAUCCUUGGUCUGCCAUUCUGUGAAUCAAUUGACAUGUGGUCCCUUGGCUGUGUCAUUGCUGAGUUGUUCCUGGGCUGGCCGUUAUAUCCCGGAGCUUCUGAAUAUGAUCAGAUUCGGUAUAUUUCACAGACACAAGGUUUGCCAGCUGAAUAUUUAUUAAGUGCAGGGACAAAGACAACUAGGUUUUUCAACCGUGACACAGACUCUCCGUAUCCUUUGUGGAGGCUAAAGACACCAGACGACCAUGAAGCAGAGACUGGGAUUAAGUCAAAAGAAGCGAGGAAGUACAUUUUCAACUGUUUGGAUGAUAUGGCCCAGGUGAACGUGACAACAGAUUUGGAAGGGAGUGACAUGUUGGUAGAGAAGGCAGACCGACGGGAAUUCAUUGACCUGUUAAAGAAGAUGCUGACCAUAGACGCUGAUAAGAGGGUCACUCCCAUUGAAACCCUGAACCACCCCUUCGUGGCCAUGACGCACUUGCUUGAUUUUCCGCAUAGUACACAUGUCAAAUCUUGUUUCCAAAACAUGGAGAUUUGCAAGCGCCGGGUGAAUAUGUAUGACACAGUGAACCAGAGCAAAACACCCUUCAUCACACACGUGGCCCCCAGCACAUCAACUAACCUGACCAUGACCUUUAACAACCAGCUGACCACUGUCCACAACCAGCCCUCAGCGGCAUCCAUGGCCGCGGUGGCCCAGCGGAGCAUGCCCCUGCAGACAGGAACAGCCCAGAUUUGUGCCCGGCCGGACCCCUUCCAGCAAGCGCUCAUUGUGUGUCCGCCUGGCUUCCAAGGCCUGCAGGCCUCUCCCUCCAAGCAUGCUGGCUACUCAGUGCGGAUGGAAAAUGCUGUUCCCAUUGUCACCCAAGCUCCAGGAGCUCAGCCUCUUCAGAUCCAGCCAGGUCUGCUUGCUCAGCAGGCCUGGCCAGGCGGGGCCCAACAGAUCCUGCUCCCUCCAGCCUGGCAGCAGCUGACAGGCGUGGCCACCCACACAUCGGUGCAGCAUGCGGCUGUGAUUCCUGAGACCAUGGCUGGCACUCAGCAACUGGCUGACUGGAGGAACACACACGCUCAUGGAAGCCAUUACAAUCCCAUCAUGCAGCAGCCUACACUCUUGACUGGACACGUGACCCUUCCAGCAGCCCAGCCCUUAAAUGUGGGUGUAGCCCAUGUGAUGAGGCAGCAGCCAACCAGCACCACCUCUUCCAGGAAGAGUAAGCAGCACCAGUCAUCUGUGAGAAAUGUCUCCACCUGUGAGGUGACCUCCUCACAGUCUACCAGCUCCCCUCAGCGAUCCAAGCGUGUCAAGGAGAACACUCCGCCUCGGUGUGUCAUGUCGCACAACAGUCCAGCCGGCAGCACCUCAGUCACCUGUGGGUGGAGUGACAUGGCCUCCAGCACCACCAGGGAGCCACAGCGGCAGACGAUUGUCAUCCCCGACACCCCCAGCCCCACAGUGAGUGUCAUCACCAUCAGCAGUGACACCGACGAGGAGGAGGAGCAGAAACAUGCCCCCACCAGCACCGUCUCCAAGCAAAGAAAAAAUGUCAUCAGCUGUGUCACAGUCCACGAUUCUCCCUACUCCGACUCCUCCAGCAACACCAGCCCCUACUCGGUGCGGCAGCGAACAGGGCACAGCACCUUGGACACUAAGGGGUCUCUAGAGAAUCACUGUACCGGCAACCCCCGCACCAUCAUCGUACCCCCACUGAAGACACAGGCCAGCGAAGUGUCGGUAGAAUGUGACAGCCUGGGGCCAGCAGUUAACGCCAGUAGUCACCAUCCAGCCCCCUUCAAGUCCAAGCCCUCCGGCACCGUGACCUCCACCAGUGGCCACUCUUCAGGGAGCUCAUCAGGAGCCAUUGCCUAUCGGCAGCAACGUCCAGGCCCCCAUUUCCAGCAGCAGCAGCCCCUCAAUCUCAGCCAGGCUCAGCAGCACGUGGCUACGGACCGAACUGGGAGUCACCGCCGACAGCAGGCCUACGUCACUCCUACCGUGGCCCAGGCCCCGUACCCCUUCCCGCACAACAGCCCCAGCCACGGUACUGUACACCCGCACCUGGCUGCAGCCGCCCACCUUCCGACCCAGGCUCACCUCUACACAUACACAGCGCCCACAGCCCUAGGCUCCGCCGGCACCGUAGCCCACCUGGUGGCAUCCCAAGGCUCAGCGCGCCACACUGUGCAGCACACUGCCUAUCCAGCCAGCAUCGUUCACCAAGUCCCUGUGAGCAUGGGACCCCGGGUCCUACCCUCACCCACCAUCCACCCCAGUCAGUAUCCAGCCCAGUUUGCCCAUCAGACGUACAUCAGCGCCUCGCCAGCUUCCACCGUCUACACUGGAUACCCACUGAGUCCUGCCAAGGUCAACCAGUACCCUUACAUAUAGACACUGCGGGCCCGCAGGGAGCGGGGUGGAGGCCCCGCAGACCCGAGGCUGGGUUUUCUACUGCAGGUGCCGCACACCGCGCAUAGGGAGCAGGGAGGAGGACGGUAGGGACAGACGGGACUUG